UCUUGCGGAGGGGCGGACCGGGGGCGGUGGCCCGGCGGGGCGCCCUCGGCCCCUGAGGUGCGGGAUUUAAGAGCGCGUCGGCUUAGCUGGCGGCUACGGCAGAGAGGCGUGCGGGUCGGGAUGUCAGAACAGCCUACGAUCCCGGAGCAGAGCGCGCCGGACUCGCGGCGCGCAGGCUUCGUGCUGGGGAUGGACGUAGGCAGCUCGGUGAUUCGCUGCCACGUCUAUGACCGCGCGGCUCGGAUCUGCGGCUCCAGCGCGCAGAAGGUAGAAAGUCUUUAUCCUCAGGCUGGCUGGGUUGAAAUUGAUCCUGAUGUUCUCUGGCUUCAGUUUGUUGCUGUAAUAAAAGAAUCUGUCAAAGCUGCAGGAAUAGAAAUGAAACAAAUUGUUGGUCUUGGCAUUUCAACACAGAGAGCAACUUUUAUCACAUGGGACAAGAAAACAGGAAAGCAUUUCCACAACUUCAUUAGUUGGCAAGACCUAAGAGCUAUUGAACUUGUAAAAUCUUGGAAUAAUUCUCUUUUAAUGAAGCUCAUACACAGUUCCUGCCGAGUACUGCACUUUUUCACUAGAAGUAAACAAUUUCUAGCAGCCAGUUUGUUCACUUUCACAACUCAGCAUGUUUCUUUGAGAUUGGCCUGGAUUUUGCAGAACCUGACUGAGGUGCGAAAGGCAGUGGAAGAAGAAAAUUGCUGCUUUGGGACUGUUGAUACCUGGCUGUUACAUAAGCUCACAAAAGGUUCUGAAUUUGCCACGGAUUUUUCAAAUGCCAGCACAACUGGACUUUUUGAUCCAUAUGAGAUGUGUUGGAGCAAGAUCAUUACCUCCCUGCUUUCAAUCCCGCUCUCUCUCCUGCCUCCUGUGAAGGAUACGAGCCACAAUUUUGGAUCAGUAGAUGAAGAGAUAUUUGGUGUGCCUAUACCAAUAGUGGCCUUGGUCGCUGACCAGCAAUCAGCCAUGUUUGGAGAAUGCUGCUUUCAGACAGGAGAUGUGAAGUUAACCAUGGGAACUGGGACAUUUUUGGAUAUUAAUACUGGAAAUAAGCCUCAACAGAGUGUUGGAAGCUUUUAUCCAUUAAUUGGGUGGAAGAUUGGACAAGAAGUGGUGUGCUUAGCUGAAGGCAAUGCGGGAGACACAGGCACUGCCAUAGCGUGGGCUCAACAGUUAGAUCUGUUCACAGAUGCUGCUGAAACUGAAAAAAUGGCCAAAAGCUUGGAAGAUUCUGAAGGAGUUUAUUUUGUUCCAUCUUUUAGUGGAUUGCAGGCUCCAUUAAGUGACCCCUGUGCAUGUGCCUCUUUUAUGGGUUUGAAGCCUUCCACCAAUAAAUACCACCUUGUCCGAGCAAUCUUGGAGUCUAUAGCUUUCAGAAACAAACAGUUAUAUGAGAUGAUGCAGAAAGAGAUCCAUAUUCCUGUAAGAAAAAUUCGGGCAGAUGGAGGAGUUUGUAAGAACAGUUUUGUGAUGCAGAUGACUUCAGACCUGAUUAAUGAGACUAUAGACAGACCCGUUCAUGUUGAUAUGUCAUGCUUAGGUGCAGCUUCUCUAGCUGGCCUUGCUGUUGGGUUUUGGAGUGACAAGGAGGAGCUAAAGAAACUGAGGCAAAGUGAAAUGGUUUUCAAGCCCCAGAAGAAAUGGCAAGAAUAUGAAAUGAAUAUGGGGAACUGGGUCAAAGCCGUGAAACGCUCCAUGAAUUGGUAUAAGACGUAACACUGGUGGAAUGGCUGAAACCACGGAGGGCUGAUCGUCGUGAUGUGCAGCUGAGCCAAAACUCAGGAAUAACAACGAGACCGACCGUGACCGAGAGGAGGCUUAAACUGAGCUUUGCAACCCCAGAGAAAAAGCCCUGCUUUUUGUAAAACAAAACAAAAUACCCAUUAAAAAAAAAAAAAUCUAAACCUUGCUGAGAGAUUGUAAGGCAACAAUACCUCAGAAUUUCUAAAUCUUCAUUUUGUACCAAAUUCCAAAGGACAUUAGCCAUUUCCAACUAUGUUUUGACUCUCACGGGCCCUCCUCCUUUUUGUACUGGGCCUCCUUUUUAUACUGGGCCUCCUUUUAAUUACAAUGAAAGUAAUUGUUUAUUGUCUGAGUUCAUGAUUCCAGGUUUGUUCCAAAAUGAUGUGGAAAGUGUUCCCUUAAUUCUUUAAAAUUGAGUGAGGUACUCAAAGUCCAUAUAGAUAGAAAGAAAGAAAAUGGCUGAGGAAACAUGGAAUUUUGAAACAUCAAUAUUUUUUGUUGAAAGCCAUAAUUGUUCAAUGUUGUAUCCAAUAUUAACUCAAUAUGUCUCUCUCAGAUAGGCUUACUUGAUGGCCAGUUGUUUCCUUUAUUGAGCUUAAAGGCACUGCCUUAAUUUUCCCUUGUUUAACUAAAAUCUGAGCUUUUUUUAUAUAUUGAGAAACUCUGAAAAAAAGAAUUUUAGUUAAUACAACCAAAAAGGUUAUCGAUUCAUAAGGACCAAGAAAGUACUAGGUUGGCCAAAAGUUUCCAUAACAUUUUAUGGAAAAACCUGAAUGAACUUUUUGGCCAGCGCAAUACUUCUCAGAUAGCAUUUCUUUCAAAAAUUUCUGCCUGAAGUAUAACAUCUCAUUUUUUAUAAAAUGCAGGUAGUAGAUACAAAUCUUGCCUUUCUUCUCCUGUUCCUUAUUUGUUGAGAUGCUAGUGUAAAAAUCUUUUGUUUUUAUUAAGUGCCUGGUUGACAGAGCUUCCUUUGAAGACAGUGCCCUAAUUGAUUGGCGACUCAAGAAUUGCCUUCACUGGGGUAUUUUACUUGUGUGUUGGUGUCUUAUUUUAGUCCAGUCUACUCAUCUCACCAAGAUCCCUGCUGACAGGGGAUGGGAAUGCAGUUGUGCUAGUGAGUGCCCCUCACACACUGAGCCAGAGGUCACAGGGAGGAGCCAGGGAGAGGUCUCCACUGUCAAACUCUCUUUAUAGAAACAGGGUAGAGAGGUGAGAGUUGUGAGAAGCUUCAGGCCAGGUGUAAAGUCGUCCUAAGACAAGUUGAUCACCUUCCAGCAUCUUCUCGUGUUAUUUGCCCCUCCCUACUUGUGGACUGGGUUCCGUUUUUUUUUAAUUGGCGUAUGAUUGAUUUACAGUGUUGUUAGUUUCUGCUGUACAAUGAAGUGAAUCAGCCGUCUGUAUACAUAUAUACAUAUAUCCCCUUCCUCUUUGACCUCCCUCCUUUCUCACCCCAUCCCGAGUUCCUUUUAGGUUUGUAGCAAUAAUGUAUUUCCCUCUUAGUCAGACUUUAUCCCAUAAAGUCCUACAGUUACAGAGCUAGCUGCUAGAUAAUGUAAUCAAAGAAGUGAAUCUAUUUUUCUUUCUUUUUAAAAUUUUAAAUUCAUUUAUUUUUUAAUUAAAGCAUAAUUGCUUUACAGAAUUGUGUUGGUUUCUGCCAGACAUCAACAUGGAUCAACCAUAGGUGUACAUAUGUCCCCUCCCACCUCCCUCCCCAUCCCACCCCUCUAGGUUGAUACAGAGCCCCAGUUUGAGUUCCAAAUUGUGCAGCAAAUUCCCAUUGGCUGUUUGUUUUCCAUAUGGUAAUGAAGAAGUGACUUUCUUAGAGAAUUUUGCUGUUGCUAUCACAUAUGUCCAUCUCAGAGACAGACAGUGAAGUCAAAGUUGCUCGGUCGUGUCCGACUCUUUGCGACUCCAUGGACUAUACAGUCCAUGGAAUUCUCCAGGCCAGAAUACUGCAGUGGGUAGCUUUUCCCUUCUCCAGGGAAACUUCCCAAUUCAGGGAUCAAACCCAGGUGUCCUGCAUCAUAGGAGGAUUCUUUUGCAGCUAAGCCACGAGGGAAGCCCAAAAUAGUCAGAGUCAGAGACAGAUAAGAUCACAGAUAUUGGAUUUGGGAAUAUUUUUGUUAAACGAAGGUGUUUUGUUUACAAUAAUAAAUCAGCUCCCUUAUGUAGAUAAUAUUUUCAUUCUUUCAGUUUCUCACAUCCUUUUUUUUUUUUUUUUUUCAAACUUAGUGACCAAUUACAAGCUUUCUUAUAGAAGUCGUUUGAAAGCUGCUCUGUUGUUUUGCUAUUCCUUAUUGACUGCUUCUCAGAGGGUAUGAUUUCCAUAGGAAAUCAUUCUUUUUGUAUUAGGAUAUAAUGCAUUGUAAUAUUAUUAACACCUAAGUGUUUGUUAGUUUAUUCAUUUUCCACAUUAUUCUUUCUUAUCAUAAAAUCACAAAAUAAAGGAGAAAUAUAUUUUAAUAAUGGGUACAGGAAAAUAAUUUUGAAUAUCUUUGACGGAGUUGAGCAUCUCCUCAAAAAUCACGAAGUUUUUUCUUCUGUUAGUUUAGAAGAUAAUAUUUUAUUUUUAGUAUUUCUGGCUUUUUUCUUAGGAACGGAGUUAUUUAAUUUUUUGUCAGAUUUGAUCUAAAUCACAAACGUGACCACGUUGGUUUCUGUGGUUGUAGAAACUGUUGAUUAUCAAAAUCAAUUGAGCAAAAAUAUUGUCCUAUCUUUCUAGUUUAUUUUUCAUGUGUAUGCUGAUAAUUGAAGUUAAAACUAUUUCUGUGUUAAUAUUUCUCAGCAUGUUUUAUUUCCUCACUAUGGAUCUACUAGAUCCAUAUCUUGGAUCUAGUCAAGGAGGAUCUAGCUAUCUUGUCAAGAAGGAGAAUCUUACUGUACAGUCCUUCUUAAAGUGGUUCUAAAUGCUUUUAUAAUCUAGACUUACUGAUUUUUAAAUUUUUUAAUAUCCAACCACGCCUUGGCUUCUCAGCCUCAGCAUCAUUGACAUUUGAGGGCAGAUAAUUCUUUGUUUUGGGGUGCUGUGUAUUAUAUGAUGUUUAGUAGCAGAUCCCUGAGCUUCACCCUCUAGCAUCUCUCUUCUUGCUAUGGCAAUAUGUCUCCAGCAUUGCCAAAUGUGCCUGGGAGACAGAUGACCCCAGCUGAGAAGCUUCGAGGUAGGCUGUUGGAAGAAAAUUGAAGACUCAGUGAAUUCAGAGUGUCUGUCCUACUCCUUUUCUCUCUGCUUCAUUGUUACCUUAGGAAACAGUUGUUAGCAAAAAGAAGUGAUACUAUUUUAAAAUAAACAGUGGUUCUUCUUUGCUGGUUAAUAAGGUGGGGGAAAAUGUCAUGUUGUAGUCGUUUUCUGCUGUUUUUACCCAGCUACCCUCACCCCCCCGGAGAAGGCAAUGGCACCCCACUCCAGUACUCUUGCCUGGAAAAUCCCAUGGACAGAGGGGCCUGGUAGGCUGCAGUCCAUGGAGUUGCUGGGAGUUGGACACAACUGAGCAACUUCCCUUUCACUUUUCACUUUCAUGCAUUGGAGAAGGACAUGGCAACCCACUCCAGUAUUCUUGCCUGAAGAAUCCCAGGGACGGGGGACCCUGGUGGCUGCCAUCUGUGGGGUUGCACAGAGUCAGACACAACUGAAGCAGCUUAGCAGCAGCAGGACCCCCAUCACCCCCAUGUCUGUAUUCUCCAUGGUCUUAAUGAGUGUGUUGAUGACUUCAGUAUAGAAUUAAUGUAGUCGCCAGAUCAUCUUUGAUUAGAUCUGCCUUUUUGUUUCCUUUUCAUCUCUGAACAAAGGGGAUGAAUUCUCUUUUAUCUGCCUUUGUGCAAGCCUCUACCAAACUAGAAGAUCCCUGCAAGCAGAACCCAUGUCUGCUUCCACAGAACUUAACUCUGUGCCUUCCUAUUCCUGGGGUGAAUUUUUACUUGUGUUUGUAAGUGCAACUUUUUUUUACCUAUACAUUUUAUCCUUGAUGUUACAUAUGUGUAUUGACAGGGAGCAACUUCUGUUUGUUACAGUAAACUAUGUUUUUUUGAAUUAAGAAGGACUACUUUAUUAUGAGAGCUAUUACUAGAAUCUUCAUACUGUUUAUUUUAAAAUUCUUCUUAUGUUUAUACUUUUGCAUAUCUAUUUGUGUAGGGAUACACAUCCAUAAAUACACAUUAACUUUCUAAGGUACAACUGAAGCCUUUUUUUUUUUUAACUGAAGUCUUUAUAUUUACAGGUUUUGUGUAUUUAACUGCAGAUGACUAACGCACAGAAUCUGAGGAAUGCCAAACACUCUCAUGUUAGAGGGAAGAAACUUCAGAAAUAGUCCCUUUUGCCAGGCAUUUAUACUGGGGACCAGUCCUUAAUUAAAAAUAAUUUAGUCCAAGAGUUUGGCAGUAAUUUUAAAACUCUUUGAGGGGGGCCAUACCAGAACCCUGGGGUUCCUCAACUUUAAGUGAUUUUAAGUAAUCUCAGAGACAGCUUAGAAGGCUUGAAUCUACCCUGGAGGAUUCCAAAUCCCUUUGGGAAAUUUAUAUCAUGUUUCUCAAUUAGAAUUAAAAGCCUGAAACAUACCCUGGACCUAUUUGGUCCCAUAGUCCUCAUCCUGCAUACCCAGGUCAUCUGGUUGAAACCAACCUAAAGGGAUAGCCUCAAAGAAGCCAAACAGGCCAUCGAGAAUCAUGUUGUUUUUUAAAGUUGUGGAUCCUCAUAGCUGUAGUUUGGCACCAGCAUCUAUUGUGAGUCACUAGCCAUUUUGUCACCAUACUCCCAUGGGACACUUACCCCUAGAGGGAUGCAGGAUGAUCAUGGGAAUGGAAAUGAUAGAGUCAGGAACCUGCCAAAUAAGAUGUUUCUAAAAUUUGCUAUUAUUCUAUUUUCACUCCCCACUUUACAUUUGGUUUAUUAAAAUGGCUGUGUCUGUACAAAUAUCUCUAUUGUUAAGGAAAUACAUGAUAAGAUUUCCAAUUUAAAUGAGCCAUAUCUUUAUAAGAAACUGCCAAACUCUUUUCCAGAGUAGCUGUACCAUUUUAUACUCCCACCAGAAAUGUAUGAGUGAUCAACUCUCUCUACUCACCAGCAUUUGAUGUUGUCACCAUUUUUUACUUUAGCCGCUUUGAUGAGGAUGUGGUUUACUCAGUGUGGAUUGAAUUUGCAUUUCCCUAAUUAAUAAUAAUAUUGAAUAUCUUUUUAUGUGCUCUUUUGCCAUCUGUUUAUGCGCCAGUGAAAUGUCUGUCCAUAUCUUUUGUCCAUUUGCUAAUUGGGUUGUUUGCUAAAUGAGCCAUAUCUUUAAAGGAAUAUCUUUUUUAAAAAUCAAAAAAAGGAAAAAAUCAGUCCAGUGACUUAAGAAGUCACUAAGUAGCAUUUUCAAAUUCUCCUGGGCAAAAAUGUACAUAGUAUUUGAACAGGAUUUUGUAAUGUACUGAGCAGAAGAACUUUCAUAUUCUUUUCAUACUCAUUAUACAAUGUGAUACUAAUACUGUAUAAUAGCAAAAUAGUUUUAAAGAUACCUUCAGUUAGAAUGUUAAGUAUACAAAUACAUGUCUUGAACAUAGCUAUCAUAAUGCUAAAAUAGUCUUUAUUUUAAAUAAGCUGACUUGUGUAAAUGUUUCAGAAUGAUUUUGUGGAAAAUUAAUUAGAACUUUCCUAUUUGUGCAAGACAGUUAUUGUAAUACCCCAAUUCAUCUGCAUCAGUAAAUUUAUCAUUUUAUUUUUCUGAUGUUCUUUAUGAACUUCGUAGUUUUAUUAAAUAGUCAUUGAAAACCUCACAAAUCAUUGUUAAGAUCUGUAGAUGAAAUUGAGAAUGCAGAAUAAAAGGAAUCUUUUUCAUAUAUAUGUGAGUUUUCCCCUUAACUUUUUGUCUGUUUUUAACUUUGGAUUCAUUUAAAAAUUUUACCUGGAAAUUCUUAUUUAAUAUUAUUUCCUGUUUUGGUUUCUGAACAUUAAGUAUGUCACAGAAGAAUAAGCAUGUGUUAACUUCAGUUGUGACUCAAGGUAAGUUUGGGCUCGUGUUUUCCUUUUAACUAGAAGAAAAAAUGGGGCUUAAUAUGGUUAAAGAAGAAAGGUUUUCUGUAACUCAGUAUCUUUAGAUACUGUUUAGACUUACUCUAUAUUCUGCUUUCUUGCACAAAGGAAAUUGCUAGAGAAGAGAUGUAAUUUUUUUGUAGUGGGAAAAAGAUGAUACAGUCUCUUGUGAAAAUAUACUGUAUACCUAAAUGUUUAGGAAGUUUUUAAAUUACUGGAGGAAAUAAUUUCAAAGGCUAAUAUGAUGGAAUUAACCUAGCAGCUCUUAAAAAUCCAUUGUGAAAAUUUUAAGAUUAUUCCAAAAGUUACAAUAAAACAGUGAGUGAUGAUCUGAA